AGAGGACCCACAGAGAACCCCAUGAGCACUUGCGUGUAGGGCUUCGCCACUGCCUCUGAUUGGGAUUGGGAACACACGGAGUGAGAAAAAGGCAAAGCGAUUUGUGCUGAGUGGGCUGUGUGAGCAAAGGGUGAGAGAGAGAGAGAGAGAGAGAGAGAGAGAGAGAUGCUUUUGUUGCCUCCUUUUGCUUAUUAUUAACAAUUUCCUUUGUUUUAUCCUCAAAUUUUUUUUUUCCCCCUUUCCUUUUCCUUUUCCUUUUCCUGAGGGGUUAAGAUAAUGUCCUUAGCAAUCAGAUAACUCUCUCUCUCUCUCUAUCUCUCUCUCUCUCUCUCUCUAUACCUUAUUCCCCAUCAUUCUCUUUGAGGAAUCUCCUUUCCCUUUAGAACCCAAUGAAUCAUUGCUUCUUCUUUCCACCAUCAUAAUCCCACUAUUCCUCCUCCUCCUCCUCCUCCUCCUCCUCCUCCUAGUUUCUUCAUCUGGGUCAACCCCCUUUGGACCAAAUAGUGCGUCCUCUCCACAGUUUCUGAUUCCUAAAAAAGAAAGGAUUUUGUGGAGCUUGAGUGUUUGGGCUCUCUCUGUAUUAGCUUCCCUUGCGCUACAGUCUCUCCAAGUUUGGAUCUUUCUGAGGCUUUCACUGCUUUUUUAUGAUCUGGGGUGGGUUUCAUGAGGAGGUGAGGAUACAGAGGCCAAGGGGAGCCCAAAAAGCUUCUUCCUUUGGUGGAGUGGGUGAUUCGGAGAUGUGUUGGUGUUCCUCUUUUGUAAAACCCUUGAAUAGUUUAUCUCUGUGUGUCCUAUUGUGAGCAAGAUUGGACUGUUUGAGAGGAUUUAAGAGUGAAAAGCUCCCCCCUUUUCGCAUUGAAGGCUACAAUAUUUUCGUUUACUGCUCAUCCAGAUCCCUUUCCAUUGAUUGUCAGAUUCGAUUAAGUACUUGGUCGCUGCUUUGUUUGGCUUCUUUGUUCACUGCCCAUUAGAUGAAUUGCUUCUUUUGAAUCCCCCAUGACUUGGUUUGGUGAUUCCGAGUUAAUGGAUCGAAAGAUUAGCUUCUUUUCUAGGAAGAGGAAAAUAUUUGUGGAUUGGAGAGACCAUCUUUAUAACCAUUACCUCGGAUCGAAGAAGGUGAGGGAGACAUGGUGGAGGAAGCUGUUGUUGCUGUGGGUGGUGGGCUGGUUUAUCGGUUCGAUUUGGAUAUUUUGGUUCAUGAAUUCUCAAGCCGUGGAGAAGAGGAGAGAGACCCUAGCGAGCAUGUGCGACGAGAGAGCGAGGAUGCUUCAGGAUCAGUUCAAUGUGAGCAUGAAUCAUCUCCAAGCAUUGGCGAUUUUGGUCUCGACCUUUCACCAUUCCAAAGACCCGCCCGCGAUCGAUCAGAUUACUUUCGCGAGCUAUGCGGAAAGAACUGCUUUUGAGAGGCCACUCACAAGUGGAGUGGCUUAUGCUGUGAAAGUGCUGCAUCACGAGAGAGAGCAAUUUGAGAAGCAACAAGGAUGGACAAUAAAGAAAAUGUAUUCUUCAAAGAAGUCCCAAGCUCGGAAUGAUGGGGCGGCCCCUGAGAUUCCGGAAACGUCGCCUGUUGCAGAGGAAUACGCACCUGUUAUUUUUGCGCAGGAUGCCUAUAAACACGUGAUAUCGCUCGAUAUGUUGUCUGGAAAUGAAGAUCGUGAGAAUAUUUUACGAGCUAGAGAAUCUGGAACCGGCGUCUUAACUGCUCCUUUUCGCCUACUAAAAUCGAAUCGCCUAGGUGUUAUUCUAACAUAUGCUGUAUACAAAUCGGAGCUUCCUUCAAAUGCAACUCCCACUGAGCGAAUUCGAGCAGCCAUUGGGUAUUUAGGUGGAAUAUUUGACAUAGAAGCACUUGUUGAUAAACUACUUCACCAACUUGCUUGUAAGCAAUCGAUUAUGGUGAAUGUAUAUGACACCACUAAUGGGAAAAUUAGCAUGUAUGGAUCAAAUGAGAACAAUAAUGGUAUGUAUCAUAUCAGCGCACUUAACUUCGGCGAUCCUGUAAGAAAGCAUGAGAUGCACUGCAGGUUCACGCAAAAGCCACCGUUGCCUUGGCUCGCAAUAACGACCUCAAUUGGAACUCUAGUGAUCGCUUUACUGAUUGGCUACAUAUUUCAUGCUACUGUAAAUCGUAUAGUGAAAGUGGAGGACGAUUAUCGUCAGAUGAUGGAACUUAAGAAAAGGGCAGAAGCUGCCGACGUUGCUAAGUCCCAGUUCUUGGCAACUGUUUCUCACGAGAUCAGAACUCCAAUGAAUGGUGUCUUAGGGAUGCUGCAAAUGCUUAUGGACACUGAUUUGGACAUAACACAACAGGACUAUGUUCGAACUGCCCAAGCCAGCGGGAAAGCUCUUGUCUCACUUAUUAAUGAGGUUCUUGAUCAAGCAAAAAUUGAAUCUGGUAAGCUCGAGCUCGAAGCCGUCCAAUUUGAUCUUCGGGCUCUUUUGGAUGAUAUCUUAUCGCUCUUCUAUGGAAAGGCGCAGGAGAAAGGAUUAGAGUUGGCAGUAUACAUCUCUGAUCAAGUUCCAGAAACUCUAAUUGGCGACCCUGGUAGAAUGAGACAAAUUAUCACAAAUCUUGUUGGAAAUUCCAUCAAGUUUACGGAAAGAGGACAUAUUUAUAUCACUGUUCAUCUCGUCGAAGAAGUGAUGAGUUCGUCAGAAGUGGAAAAAGAAGCUCAAACAACAAGCACGCUGAGCGACUUUCCUGUGGUAGAAAGAAGGCAAAGCUGGGAUAGCUUUAAGAUAUUCAACAAGGAAUCGUCUGCAGAAAAUUCUUCUCUCUCUAGCUCUCCAGAUCUGAUAAAUUUAAUACUAUCUGUCGAAGAUACAGGAGUUGGGAUCCCUUUCGAAGCCCAGUCGCGCGUGUUCACCCCUUUUAUGCAGGUUGGUCCCUCGAUUUCUCGAAUUCACGGAGGAACUGGGAUUGGGCUAAGCAUUAGUAAGUGCUUAGUUGGUCUAAUGAAGGGAGAGAUUGGGUUCGUGAGCAAACCGCAAAUAGGUUCUACUUUCACUUUUACUGCGGCCCUUACGAGGGCUCGAUCUAAUUCGAGCGAGUACAAGUCAAAUGAAUUCCAAGGGAUGAAGGCGUUGGUUGUUGAUCACAGACCUGUUCGUGCGAAGGUUACUAAAUACCAUCUACAAAGGCUUGGAAUUCACGUGGAAUUGACCACCGAUUUAGGUGAGCUCCUUCCUAAAAUAAAUAAAGGGGAUUUGGUCGUAAAAUUGGUGCUUAUCGACAAGGAAACUUGGUUGAAGGAGGUUAAUUUUUGGCCUAUUUUUGCCAGCAAAUUGACUAAAAAGGGCCAAGUUGAUAUUCCGAAACUUUUUCUUUUGGCGAAUCCUACAAACUCUAUCAAGAGUAAUUCUUCUAGUUCGAAGGAGUAUGACUCAACUAUAAUCAUGAAGCCAUUGAGAGCAAGCAUGCUUCAGGUGACUUUACAAAGAGCUUUAGGGAGUGGGUAUCGAGAAAAUUGUAGGAAUGGAGGGCUAAAUGGUCAAUCAUUGCGAAGCCUGCUUCAUGGAAGGAGAAUCCUUGUUGUGGAUGACAAUGUCGUGAAUCUGCGAGUAGCCGCUGGUGCUUUGAAGAAGUAUGGAGCCGAAGUGGCUUGCGCUGAUAGCGGCAAAAAGGCAAUUUUGGCGCUGAGCCCGCCUCACGAUUUCGACGCUUGUUUCAUGGAUAUUCAAAUGCCCGAAAUGGAUGGAUUCGAAGCCACGAGGAGGAUAAGGGAGAUGGAGACCGAUCUAAAUGACCGCACGCUACGUGGAGAAGUAUCCGAGGGGACUUGCGGAAGUGCCCUACAGUGGCACACUCCUAUAUUGGCCAUGACGGCCGAUGUGAUCCAGGCCACUCAUGAGGAGUGCCUAAAGAGUGGGAUGGAUGGAUAUGUCUCGAAGCCGUUCGAAGGGGAGCAGCUUUAUAGAGAAGUCGCUCGGUUUUUCAAAAGCACUUCCAUCUAGUUUUAUGGGCUGUAUCAUAGCGAACGAUGUUUCUGCAUGGGGUUCAUCCAGCGAAGAACGCAGUUUGGGUUGAAAAUGCUGAUGUUCCAAAAGAGGAUGAAUUUCUGGAGAUGAAACAAGUAAUUUUUGUUCAUCAUUUCACUCGCGGAGCAAAGAGGAUAUCGUAUGUUGUGGAAAUAAAUACGGUCGUGGAAUGUUUCUCGCCCGGCAAGUACAUAGUGUACAAAAGAGUACGAUUCGAUUUAUUAAAUGAUAAUGCUCGUUCUCGAGCAAUGAAGGUAUUCAUAAUGAAUGUAAAUUGCACAUUCAAAUCGAGAUCGGUGGAACACAGUUGGGUAGUUCAGGAUCAUUUUCUGGCGAUUUAUUGCGUUGAAAGUGCAUUUAGAGUGUUUGUCUGGAUCAACUUUGUUGCUUCACUCUGCGUCCGCCUGCGUUAUGUACACAUCUUGUGCGUCAUACGCUAGUGUUCAUAAAUUCUCUUCACUGCAAACAUUAUUCAACAAAGCCAGGGCAUGAAUUAACUGAUUUACAGUAUCAUUGUUGCUCACUUUAAUUGAUAGAGAUCCAUUUCCAUCUCUUUA